CUUUCAACCACCUAAACGCACCGAUGCCGCCGAAGCCAAACGUGGACCUACUCCUGGAUGAUGGAACUGGUCUUCGCUCAGAAGACGUGCCAGUCGGCAGCAUCAUCAAAAACCCACAUGACCCUCGAGGUUCUGUGAUUCUCAACAAUCAUAUCCCGCCCCAAGACCUUCGACACAGCCAGCAAUCAGAUUAUGAGAGGACUUUCAAAGAGCAGUCUUACGUCCGAGGGGUAAAGUUCUCUGAAUCAAUUCGAAUCCGUGCAGACCAGUGCACGCAAUGGCGUACCAGCAACGCCGCGCAUCACCUCCACAAUGCUUGGCGCAAUUCGAGUGACAAUGCCUCGAUCGCUGAGCACCGCUUAGAAGCUUUCAUCGAGGAUCGUCGGCUAUACUUCAUCUCGGGCUUUGAGGCGAUGAACGGGGUUCUUGUUGAACGGAUUAGAAAGAGCAAAGGAUUCGCGCCCAUUUCAAAGGACUUUCCGGACGUACGUUCCAUAUCUCAAAUCUCUUCUACUCAUCGAACCGAAAUCGUUUCGGGUUUGUAUCUCAUCCCUUUGAGAUUCAUUGGCAAGCAAGAUGUCAAGUUCGAAAGAGCGGAAGAGUUUUCCAUGCUUGCGGCACUAGUCGAGCCAAAGAUAAUUCUCGAGGCGGAGUAAUAUUGCACAUUCUCACGGGAGGCCGACAACCUGGGAUCCAAGGGAAGGUGCAGGGACGGACCGCUGAAAUGGAUGGCAGACUGCCGGAAAUACGCUUGUGUACCUAUCUG